UUUUUGUGACAGCUGGGCGCUAGCGGCCACCUCCACCUCCACGCCCGCAGCCCCGGUGGAGGUGGGGGGGCGCCAGGGUUGUUUUUCCAUCCCAAGAAAGUUGUUUUUCCAUCCCCAGAAAGAGAGCGAGAAAAACCCCAAACAAACAAGAAGCCCAAACAAGUCCCAGGGCGGGGGGAGGGAGAAACAUACAUCUUCCUUCCCUAAGCCCGUGGACCUCUGAGGACAAACAACACAACCAGCCGACUUUUAUUUUGCAAAAGGGAAGCAACAUUGUAGUCACGACAGUUCUGCAGAGAGAGGAAAACUUGUGGGCUUGCACGAGCGCCGAGGUCACCUCGCCCGCCGGUCCCCCGCCUCCCGUGAGCAGGGCAGCCCCCUCCCGGGACAGGCCGUUCCUUCGUUCCUUUUUUUUUUUUUUGUCCCGAAGAGAGGCCGGGGAACCGUGCGGGCUGGGACUCGGGGCGCGAGCGCGACCCCGGCGCGAGUGUAAAUCAGUCACCUGAGCGCCGAGGGGCCGCGGCGAGGGCGCGCGCGGGCGGGCUGGGAGGCGGAGGCGGCGAGAGCGGCGGCCCGGAGGAACUCGGAGGGGGAGGGAGAGAAAGGCCGAGACGGAGGGAGCCAGCGGCGGCCGAGGGGCUGGUCCAGGCGCGGCCGCUAAGAGGAGACCAAGAGGCGGGGGUUGCACUUGACAACCAGCAUGCCGAGAUGGCACACCUUGGGCCCACCCCACCUCCACAUAGCCUUAAUUACAAAUCAGAGGACAGGCUUAGUGAGCAAGACUGGCCAGCAUAUUUCAAGGUCCCAUGUUGUGGGGUUGAUACAUCUCAAAUAGAGUCAGAAGAGGCAGAAGUGGAUGUGAGAGAAAGAGAGACACACAGAGACAGAGAGCCAAAGAGGGCAAGAGACUUGACUUUAAGAGACUCCUGUACUGACAACUCCAUGCAGUUCGGAACCAGAACAACUACGGCUGAACCAGGGUUCAUGGGGACAUGGCAAAACGCUGAUACUAACCUCUUAUUCAGAAUGUCCCAACAGGUUCCAUUGGCAUGUACUGGCAGAGUGCUGAGGGCAGACUUCUGCCCAAACCUGGAGGAGCCAGACUACAGGCUGGAAGUCCAGGCCAUCCGUUGCACACUGGUAAACUGCACGUGUGAAUGUUUUCAGCCAGGGAAGAUUAACCUGAGGACUUGUGAUCAGUGUAAACAUGGCUGGGUGGCACAUGCCUUGGAUAAGCUCAGCACGCAGCACCUGUACCACCCCACGCAAGUGGAGAUUGUGCAGUCCAACGUUGUGUUUGACAUCAGCAGCCUGAUGCUCUACGGAACGCAGGCAGUGCCCGUGCGACUGAAGAUCCUACUGGACCGCCUCUUCAGCGUCCUGAAGCAGGAGGAGGUGCUGCACAUACUGCACGGCCUUGGCUGGACUCUGCGGGACUAUGUCCGAGGAUACAUCCUUCAGGAUGCUGCUGGCAAGGUCCUGGACCGCUGGGCCAUCAUGUCUCGAGAAGAGGAAAUCAUCACCCUUCAGCAGUUUCUGCGGUUUGGAGAAACCAAAUCCAUUGUGGAGCUGAUGGCAAUUCAGGAGAAAGAAGGGCAGGCCGUGGCUGUACCAUCUUCAAAGACAGACUCAGAUAUAAGGACUUUCAUUGAGAGCAAUAAUCGUACCAGGAGUCCCAGCCUCCUUGCUCACUUAGAGAACAGCAAUCCUUCCAGCAUUCAUCACUUCGAAAACAUCCCAAACAGCCUUGCAUUUCUGCUUCCAUUCCAGUACAUAAACCCUGUCUCAGCACCACUUCUAGGGUUGCCUCCAAACGGGCUACUGUUAGAGCAACCAGGGUUGAGGCUGCGGGAACCCAGCCUUUCAACCCAGAACGAAUAUAAUGAGAGCAGCGAAUCUGAAGUUUCUCCCACACCUUAUAAGAAUGAUCAAACGCCCAAUAGAAAUGCCCUGACCAGCAUCACUAAUGUGGAACCCAAAACCGAGCCAGCCUGUGUCUCUCCCAUUCAGAAUUCUGCCCCAGUCAGUGAUCUAACCAAAACUGAACACCCAAAAAGCUCAUUCCGGAUUCAUCGGAUGAGAAGGAUGGGGUCAGCCUCUAGGAAAGGAAGAGUGUUCUGUAAUGCAUGUGGGAAAACAUUCUAUGACAAAGGUACUCUCAAAAUUCAUUAUAAUGCUGUUCACCUGAAGAUCAAACAUCGAUGCACCAUAGAAGGUUGCAAUAUGGUCUUUAGCUCCCUCCGAAGUCGUAAUCGCCACAGUGCAAACCCCAACCCCCGCCUUCACAUGCCUAUGCUAAGGAAUAACCGAGACAAAGAUUUAAUUCGGGGCACCUCAGGAGCUGCCACCCCAGUCAUAGCAAGUACAAAAUCAAAUCUGGCACUCACAAGUCCUGGCCGGCCCCCAAUGGGUUUUACCACUCCCCCUCUAGACCCUGUCUUGCAAAAUCCUCUCCCUAGCCAGCUGGUAUUUUCUGGGCUAAAGACUGUACAACCAGUUCCUCCAUUUUAUAGAAGUUUACUCACUCCAGGAGAAAUGGUGAGUCCUCCAACCUCCCUCCCAACCAGUCCCAUCAUUCCAACCAGUGGUACCAUAGAGCAGCACCCCCCACCACCCUCUGAGCCAGUAAUGCCAGCAGUGAUGAUGGCCACCCAUGAGCCCAGUGCUGACCUGGCACCCAAGAAAAAGCCCAGGAAAUCAAGCAUGCCUGUGAAGAUUGAGAAGGAAAUUAUUGAUACUGCCGAUGAGUUUGAUGAUGAAGAUGAUGACCCCAAUGAUGGUGGAGCUGUGGUCAAUGACAUGAGCCAUGACAAUCAUUGUCACUCCCAAGAGGAGAUGAGCCCAGGCAUGUCUGUGAAGGACUUUUCCAAGCAUAACAGGACCCGGUGCAUUUCAAGGACUGAAAUAAGAAGGGCCGACAGCAUGACUUCUGAAGACCAAGAGCCUGAGCGGGACUAUGAGAAUGAGUCUGAGUCUUCAGAGCCCAAAAUGGGUGAGGAAUCCAUGGAAGGGGAUGAGCACAUUCACAGCGAAGUGAGUGAAAAAGUCCUGAUGAACAGCGAGAGGCCCGACGAGAACCACAGUGAGCCCUCUCACCAGGACGUCAUCAAGGUGAAGGAAGAAUUCACAGAUCCCACUUAUGACAUGUUUUACAUGAGCCAGUAUGGACUGUACAACGGUGGGGGGGCCAGUAUGGCCGCCCUGCACGAGAGCUUUACAUCGUCUCUGAGUUACGGCAGUCCUCAAAAGUUCUCCCCAGAAGGUGACCUGUGUUCUAGCCCAGACCCCAAAAUAUGUUAUGUGUGCAAGAAGAGUUUCAAAAGCUCCUACAGUGUGAAACUUCACUACAGGAAUGUUCACUUAAAAGAGAUGCAUGUCUGCACAGUGGCUGGUUGCAAUGCUGCGUUCCCCUCUCGCCGAAGCAGAGACAGAAACAGAAAUUUACGGAUGGAAAGAACCAUAGGUCCAGGACAUCGAGACAGCCUGCAUCUCCGUAGACACAGUGCCAACAUAAACCUACAUCGUAAACUGUUGACCAAAGAACUCGAUGACAUGGGCCUGGACUCAUCGCAGCCCUCCCUUAGCAAGGACCUCCGCGAUGAAUUUUUGGUGAAGAUCUAUGGUGCCCAGCACCCUCUGGGGCUCGAUGUCAGGGAAGACGCCUCCUCUCCCGCAGGGACUGAAGACUCCCACCUGAACGGGUAUGGGAGAGGCAUGGCAGAGGACUACAUGGUCCUUGACUUGAGCACCACCUCCAGCCUCCAGUCCAGCAGCAGCAUCCAUUCCUCCAGAGAAUCCGACGCAGGCAGUGACGAGGGGAUUCUUCUUGAUGACAUUGAUGGGGCGAGUGACAGUGGGGAGUCGGCACACAAGGCCGAGGCCCCUGCCCUUCCUGGCAGCCUAGGAGCUGAAGUUUCAGGAUCUCUUAUGUUCAGCAGCUUGUCUGGGAGCAAUGGUGGGAUCAUGUGCAACAUUUGCCACAAAAUGUACAGCAACAAGGGGACCCUGAGAGUGCACUACAAAACUGUGCAUUUGCGAGAAAUGCACAAGUGCAAAGUCCCAGGUUGCAAUAUGAUGUUUUCCUCUGUACGAAGCCGAAAUCGGCACAGUCAGAACCCUAAUCUCCACAAAAACAUUCCCUUCACUUCAGUAGAUUAGUCUCAGAAUGGACACUACAAAUGCCAGCUCUCACCAGAUGGCCUACGUGUUUGAACUGCCAUAGUCAGUGUGCGCUUAUGUACUCGGGGUGUGUGUGCGUGCGUGUGUGUGUGUGUGUGUGCGCGUGCGCGUGCAUUUAUGUAUGCUCUGUGGCUACAUAAACACACACGUAUUUCCUUGAGAUAAAUAAGAUAAACACUAGGUGCUUUUGAAUUUUUUUUACUUUUCCUUUAUGGUUUUGGGGAGGGUAAGGUAUCUUUGAUUUGAGGGUGAAAGCAGAGUACCCCUUUAAACACACACACACACACACACACACACACAUCAUGUGCAACUAGCCCCCAGUUUUGACAGAAUAAUUCUUGGUCUUCCCCAAAGAGACAAUUUCUUGUACCCAUGACUGUUGCCUGCAAAAAUAAAAGGGAAAAAAAAGAAAAAAGAAACAAAAAGGACCUUCUUAUAGUUGUCUUUUGUGAACUUUAAGGUUUUGAAAGAAUCUUCAAUUAAAGCAUGGCAGAUUCACCUGUAAAUAUUUAGCCUUGAGGGGCCAUUGAUGUAAAACAAUUGUAUUGAUGGUUGUUUAACUUUUGUUUAAUUUUUACAGUUACAUCCAGCUGUUAGAUAUGCAGGAAAAAAAAUAGUUUGCUGGCUAGCUCUAUUCAUUUAUGUUAGCAUUAAUGCACAUUUUUUUUUUUUUUAAAAUACAUGGUCUUGUUUUUACUACCUGUUAGAUAAUAGUGGUAAAGAGGUGCUGGCAUGCUUUACAGCACAGAUCUGAUUUUUAAAAAUGUCCUGUACUAGUACAAAUCCCGUCAUGCACUUUUUUUCAAACACUACAAGGGGAUGUGUAAUAUCCAUGCUUCUUUUUAUCCUUAAACUAUUGCCAUACUUCAGUAAGUGUCUUUUUUAAAAAAACUUCACUUGUAUAAAAAUGGUCUGGUCAGUAUAGGGCACGAAUGCCAAACAAAAGUAUUAGUGUUAACACAGAACUGCCAACUUUGCACAAGUUUCCAGAAACAAAAAUACAAUUAGUCACUCAACAUAACCACAGGCCAAUUCGUUGGCCACCAAAAAACCGCUUUUUAGAAAAACACUUGGUGAUUCUUUCAAGUGCCGAAUGUUACUAGAAUCAACAUUGCAUCCUUCUUGCUUAUAUGUUAAGUUACAUAAAAGGAAAACAAAAUUAUGUGGUGUGAAACAGCCAAGGCAUUUAUUCUUCAGAGUCAGGAUAAUAUUUCAGAAUACAAAGCCCAAAUUACCCACUACGGAACAAAAAUGAAUACAGUAAAAGAGUUGAACACUCAUUUCCAAGGCCCUAGCCCUUAUCCUUUAAAAAGAAAUCCUCUGAACUGGGUCGGUCUGUUGUAUGGCUGCCUAAUUUGUUGCAAAUUUUGCAGUCGUACCAUAAUUCAGGCCUGUUUGAUAGACAAAAUCAAAAGGCAUUUAACAGCGGCAGUACUUGGAAGCUUUGAAAACAUGUGCUAAACUUGAAUUGAGCAACACUCCUUUUCUGAAAAGCCAGAAGAAGAGGGUUUUAAAGCAGGAUGUCUCACUGUUGAGUGUUUUGUGUUUCCCCACACGAUUUGUCAGAGAGAAAUGAAAGCAAGCCUGAAACCAAGCAAUCGAGAGUGAGAGAGGGAAGAGACUGUUCUCCAACCCUUUUUGUUUUGUUUUGUUUCCGAUGUUUACACAUGUUGCCUGAGCUGGUUAACCACAUCGGCAGCCUCAGCUACCACAACAUACUGACUAAAUGAUGAUAUUUACUCAAGUUCAGUCUGCAGCCAAAACCAUUAGGGUGUGCAUUGCAGACUGUUUUGUUGUCUUUUUUUUUUUUUAAGUGGAAGGGAAAAGGAGAUAAACAAGGAAUAUUUUGUCAAACAAUACGCAAUAAUUUGAAGAGAAUGUAUUUCUUGUUUGCAUUGAAUGGCCUCAGACAUUUCUCUCAUCAGUCUAAAAGUUAGAAAUACCCCUUCAUUUUAACUUAUGUUGUUUCCAUUUUUCAUAUGUUUUUGUAACUAUUUUUUCUAUGUUCACAUCAGGAUUCACUUCCGUUAAAUUUGCCAAAGGAAACUGUUAAUAUGUUUCUGUUGUUGUUAUUAUUCCUGUAGGAUUUAUUGUACCUCACAGUAUUUAUUGUUUCCCAAAAUAAGCAUCAUUAGUUGGGGAUUCAGUAUUUUUAUUUGUGAAAAUUUCAGAAACAAUAGAUUCUUAACGAUAAGCUAGCUGUGUCUAGGAGCUUUAUCUUUUCACCUCCCUCAGAGGAUGCGAUAGAGAUCAUUUUAAUUCUUCAUUUGUUCCACAGGGAGGAAAGACCAAAAGUAUUUGCAGUACAAAAGAAACUAUAUCAAACACUAUGUUAAAUAACAAGUGUUUAUGGUAAAAGCUGAGGAAUUAGUAAUAACUGUUUUUGUUUUCUUGUACCUUUGAAUUCCCCAAAAUCUUAACUGCUUUAUUUUGGUGUUAUGUUAAAUUGAAUAGACAGAGAUGUUUUUCCUUUGUUUUAUACCAUUUAAGACUCUGUACAGUAUGUUUGUGAAAGAUUGAACUAGAAUAAUGAAAGUUUGUUUGCAAACAUUUUGGCCCUCUCAGCGUUCUCUGUAUUGUGCUGUUGCCCCAUUACCAUCUUAACUAGAUUCGAUUAGAUUCAAAAUGGGUGGGAAAAUAUUUUUAGUAUCCCAACAAAACAUAGAAACUCUGGCUUUUGCAACGUGCAUAGAGUACAUGUAGUUUUAUGAAAACAAAUACACAUUUUUAUUUCAGCAACUUUGAAAAGUUAUACUCGGUUGAGUUAUUAGAACUCAUCUUGUACAAAAGCAAUGUUUAGUCUGUUUAGUGUCAAAUAAAAGGUCAGAUAGCUCUCGUGGGUGAGUUAUAUAGCUGUCAGCAGGUCACAUCAGCAAAUGAAGCAGGCUUAGAACAAAUGUUUGUUACUUGCUGCAAACCAAGCUAAUGUGUAUAGCCAGUUAAGUCCAGAAGUAAUGAGAUUCUAGUAGUUUCCCUUGCUUGGAAACAUGAAUGUGUUCACCUGUGUUUUGUCAGAGAAAUGGCAAUAAGUCCUGGACAGCUGACACUUUUGAAGAAUCUCCCCUAUUUGCUACUACUUUUGUGCCUCAAGUGCCCAGUCGUUACAGUGGCCUUCUAAAUGAGUAAAUAACAUUUUCCAGUAUAAAGCCUAUUUGCUUAAAAGGGAUGGGGCAGUGAAUGGAUGUAGUACAUGCAACGGAAAAUCAUAAAAUGUACAAUUCUUUGGUUCCUAACGUUUUCCUCGUUCUUGAGUGUGUGCCUGAGUGUAGUAUUUGGGCUUAACUAGAAUUCUAGUUAAGAUGGUGAUCCCAUGGCUUACUUGCAAACAGGAAGGAUAAAGAGAUCAGCAUUUUAGUCAUUGAGCUCUUCAUCUUUGCCUAUUCCUACUCAUGUAUUUUUUCACAGGACUUUUCCUGUUGUUAAACAGUUUCUCUCCAUCCACAUCCAUUCUGUGCUGGCUGAAAAUUAAUAGUGAUGUAGAUUUGCAUCUAACAAGCUUCUUUCCGUGUGAUUGGUUUUAGCCAGUUUAUCACAGGUACAAAAUUAGCCAGUGUUACUGUGCAUGUUCUCUAGCUGAUGUUGAAAAUUACUGUCUUGAUCAUAUAAAACUAUUUUUGUAAAUAUCAGGUUUAGUCUGCUUUCAGGAAUAUCUGCAUGCUAUGGAAAGAAGGCAAGGAAAAGGAUAGAUAAUAAGUAAUUUGGUUUAAAAGUGUGAUAAAAAUCCUUGGCAUUCUUUAUUCUGGUAUUAAGUGUAUUUAAAUACGUCAACCCAAUGUAACUCAUUCCAGAUCUUAGCCAGCUGCCCUGUUCAGCCUGUUGCCUUUUAAAGGUUUGAAGUUGUUAGUGCUUUCCUUUUCAACAUGGCAAACAUUUUUUGAAACCUUUUUGGCACAAUGGUGCCACUGUCCUCAUAGUGGUUAUUUCUUUUGUCAUGAAUUUCCAGGCCUUUCCAGUAAGAGAAGAAAGGCACUUAACUGGUUAACAGCCGCAUUAGCAUACAUUGCUCUAAGGGGGGAAAAAAAUCUUUGACUAUAUCAAGAAUGGGCUGUUCCAGAGGCAGUCUCCUCAUUUUACUGAGGAGAAGCUAUGCACGAGGUUCCCACCAAAUACAGUGUGACCUUUUUUUCCCCUUUCUCUGUACACACCCCAGAUGUGUGCCAAGCAAAUGAGAAUGAGGGCCGUUGACAAUGAAAACAUAAGCUAGUCACCAGAUUGAGACGGACAUGCUGCUAACUGCUGAUGACUUGACCUGAGCAGUCCUAACUUGUAUCUGGUCUGUUAACAUUGGGUUAGAUUGACUAACAGAGUAAAUAAAAUUCAGCAGUCAUAAGACACGCUACACCUGCUAUCAUCAAGAAAUAAAUCAUCCAGAAAAAACUUUCAUCUUGUGGUCACACCCUUUUCUUAAGAGCUUCUUUUUAUAAAUUACAACAAACGAAUUUAAUUUUUGAAAAUCACUUCUGCAAAACUUGAAAUACUUAGGUGGUUUUGCUUUUCCCUCGCAUUGUCUAUUUUUUGGGGAUGAAUCUAAAUGAAUAAGAUGGGCAGUAAAAGGUACCAAUAGGAUCACAGUGUGUUCAUCAGAACUAAGUAGAGCGUAGCUGGAAAAGGAAAUCGCUAAUGCACUGAAGUGUUUGCUCGAGAGGAAGGACUAUUGAUGUUAGUGACCUGCAGAGUUCUCGUGACCAGGUGAGUCAGCUCUGAAGAAGCGAUUAGGAAACCAAGGAGCUAAGUGGAAUAGCUGAAGUUCCUUUGGGGUCAGAAAGAGCCAACAGUUGUGGGGUUUUGGUUGCUUUUGCUUUGUUUUUGAGUGGGAAGUCUUGCUGGAAUCCCCUGUGAAGCAAAAGAUGCCAGGGGUCAGCUGGGCUAUAGAAAAGGCCAGUGGUAAAACCCCGUUUUCAUUCAAAUGGAGGAGUAGGUGCAAGUGGCACCAGCUUAGAUCGUUCCUUUCUUGAUCGUUGCUCUUGCUGGCCGCUGUAGCGACACAACAAAGCCGUGAUUGUAAUUAGUACCAGGCUAAAGACCUUGAGCAAAAUGGGAGCUCAUUUACUCUUCUGUGAGGUACACAAGCAGCUUUUCAUGUUUUCCCUCAGAGAUAAACCACGUGUGAUGGUCUUGCUUGCGUUAGUACUAAGGUCAUUUUGGUCUGUCCCAGACGGGUCCGGUAUUUCCUGUAGCUGGAGUGUUGCUCACCAUAAAUAGUCAUUUUCAAACAGUAUUAUGUGAAUCCAGCUGUACAGCUGACUAGUGAGUUACCUCCUAUCGCUGUUACUCACACACCUGUCCAUCCUUGUGUGGUUUCAUCAUCCUCAUCCUUCCCACAUCUUGCACAAAAUGAUUUUUCUGGUCAUUCGGCAAUAACUGUAUGUCAAAUACUGUCUUUUUGUCGUUUGUUGAAAAAUCCAAAUGCUUAAUAACAGAAGGUUAAAAAAAAGCAUUUUUACAAGUACACUGAAUUGGAUCAGCAUUAUUGUUCAUUAUAAUGCUAUAUAUAUUUUUGAAGCAACAUACUAUAGUUGUCAUAAAACUAUCUUUAUUCUUCUCCUCUAAAGUGUUGUUGUAAAUUCAUUUGACCUUUACUGCAGGAAAAAAAAAUCUUUUUUAUAUGGGGUAUGAAGACAGGGCUCAGUUUGUAACAAAUAGUGGACCAUUACAAAAGACGAAAGAAAAAAGCCAGGACUGAGCAGCAAGAAGCUUCAGUUCAAUUUCACCUCAUAUCUUUCUAAUAACGUACUUGUCACUUUAUUACCUUCCAGUAAUGUGAACGCCGCUGACAAGACUGUCACACUAACAGCAGACAACACCCUCUCUGCUUCAGCCCAGCUCUCCUGGCUACUUAUUGCCCUGGCCCUGAAGGGACACAAACUAAUAGUGUGCUUUCCAGUUCAGCACUUGGCCAUCAAAUAUAAAAGGAUGCGUAAUUGCCUGUUUAUCCCCUUGUGAAGGAGAAAUUGACUACAAGGGCUAGGCUUUCCCAUCGAGUUCCCUGAUGUACACACACAUCCACAAUCAUUCUCUCUCUCUCUCUCUCUCCCUCUCUCUCUCUCUCUCUCUCUCUCUCUCUCUCUCUCUCUCUUUCUCGCUGUCUCUCCUCUCUCUCCUCUCUCUUCUUACCUCUCUUCCUCCCCUCCUAACAUAAAAGCACAUACACACACCUACUGUGUCUUUGGGAAACCCAAGGCUGCCUCUCUAUGCCCUCUCCAGCUAUUAAGUGAACAGUAACAAGAUGACUUCUUAACUAAAGGGUCUGUAGAGAGACGCUGUCUGUGACAGCAUCCUUUGCUUCUUUGAAAACUUAAGUAUUGCAAUUCCAUGCCUAUCCAUUUUGGGAGUAAUGGGUGCGACGCUAUAAUUGAAGCAAAUUUUCCUACAAGUCAGUGGCAUAAGUAAGAUUAUAUUGCCCCCUAAUCUGUAAGGAAAAGAUUAAAAUGUUUUUCUUCCCCUUCAAAAAGUGCACAUGUUGUAAACUGGUUAUGCAUGGUAGUUUUUUUUCUUAUCUAUGGCAUCAAAUCAUUGAUCCAGAUGUACAAAUGUGUAUUUCAGUGACCCUCCAAAUCCAUAGUGUAACAUGAUAGAUUAAUUUAUUUUGUCCAACUGGACUGACAAUCUAAAAUAAAUGGCACCAGGCUUUGGACUUUAAUCAUUAAGACGAGGACCACCCUCUGGGUAAAAGGUAAAUUCUCCACUUUGAAGAACUUUGGUAAGUACAAGUACAGUGAGCUUUAGAAAAUCGAGUGAUGGGGGACCAAAGGUACAAAGGAAGAAUACAUGAAAAUGUUACAUUCCAAAAUGCCUUGAGCGCAAACAAUGUGUCAGGAUUAGCUGCUAUUUUUGUAUACUGAAGUACUCAAAAUGUUGGUUGAAAAGUGGUAGGUAGUGACUAAAAGAGAUGCAAGAUCUUUCGCACAUCUUCUUUCUGGAAGUAGGAAGGUUGCUUCCUUCCAACCUUCCCGCAGCGGGUCUCACAGAAGAUAGCUGUCCCCAUUACAAACAGUCGCAUUUCAACAAGAUAUUAACCAGAUAAGAUAUAUGCAGGUAUUGGUAUCAUCUUCCAUGUGAACUUUAGCAAGGUGAGGAAAGCAACAGCUUUAGGGCUAGACAGUGUGACAGAUCUAUGUUGACAAAUCUGUGCUACAUCAUUUCAUGAACCAGUGGGAAGAAAAGCACUUUGAGCAAGGACUCUUGGGUCAGAGAAAAGGCAGGUAGUCGACUUAAUACUUCUUCAGUUCCUCAGUGUGUAUAUAUUAUAAUCAUUUAUCAGACGUCUUAAUAAAAUCUUAAUUGAAAACCCAGUUGCCAAAAUUGCACAAGUUCUGCUCACCGAUAUUAGCUUUCACCCCUUAACUCUAAAAUAACAGGGAUGCUUAAGGACACUUGUCAUAGUUCUUUUAAUGCUUUGUUUCAUUUUUUUUUUUUGAAAGAAUCUUUGAAGGGAAGGAAGAGCAGAAAGAGGUAUUUUAAGAAAAAUGGAGAGAAGUAGAUAGUAUUAAAAGUAUAUUUCUUGAAGAGAGAGUAUCUAAGUGCUAUACCAAGAUUUUAUAAGGCUUCCUGUUGCCAAAUGUGAUGUUGAGAUAAUGCACAGCUAAGAUGGCAAAUCCAUCAAUUAUUCACUGGCUCUGCCCACUUCUGUCAUGGAAUGCAAGGACUGAGAGGUGACUCUGGGGAGAUGCUGGGUGUGUGAGAGCUCCAUUCAUCUGGCCCUGGAUAUGUUUCUCAAAAGAGAGGGAGAAAGCUCCAGUCCCUGCAAGGUGAACUGAGCUGGCACUGUUUCAGUGGGAGUCUCACUGCCUGCCUUUUCCAUGCUAGGAGACAAAGCAUCCCCUACCCCACUUGUGAAUCGGUGCUGUAGCCACCGUGAGUGGCAUCGGUUCAUGAGGCGUGAUGCUCUUGAACUCCCAGACAAUGUGCUGAGUUAAUAGAUUCACUUGAGAUGUAUAAACCAAGGCUGUUUUUUUGUUAAUCUAGUACUCAAUUUGGAAUGUUUUUGCAUGUCUUUGUACAGAGUAAUCCAUUCCUCUCGUUAUGUAUCUUAAUCUCCCCUGACUUUUCCGUCGUCUCUCUUAAUCCCACCCUUUGCGCUUCUGAUCUCACCUACCCCCCCUAAAAAAAAAAUAGUGUUUGAGCAAGAAGGUAGAACACGCUCUCCCUCAUCCUGGUUUUAAUCGCUUUGGAAACGUGUGUUCUGCCCUGUCCAGGGUUUACAUAACAUGAAUUAUAUGAAUGAGAUGUUCUAGUAUUAUAUAUUAACCUGAUAAGACUAUCUAAGAUUUCUAAUAUAUGGUGCAUUCACUUUCCUGUGCAAACUUUGGUUCAGCUGCCUUGCAGAGAAUCUUACCAUUUUCCAGCCAGUGCCAGUAUGAAGAAUGCAGCAGAGCUAAACAUGGGUACAUGAAGGUCAGAGGGGUGAGGACGGUUGAGAAAUCAGGAGAAGACUUGGGCUUUAGGCGACCUGGGCUCUUCAUGUGUAGCUCACUCCGCUGUAUGAGGGUGACUGACACGCCCGUGGGUGUUUCCCAAGUGAAACAAAAGCCCAUUUCCCCACUCCCCUCACACCUUGCCUGGCUUCUUCCAUGAAGUCCUUGCUGCUUUUCUGCUUCCCCAAAGGUGAGGGGAAGGGGCAGGUUGGGGAACUGGGAAAGCAAGUGCUCUGUUCUCCCCUCCUGGUGAUGGGGUAGUCCUUUUAGAACUAGCAAGAUCCCUCACACGGCUGGGAGAACACGUAUCUCCCACUCACUCUAGACCCAUUGGUGUGUCUCCAGUGACAAACAUAUUAGACUUAGCCUUCAUAUUUGACAGCAAAAGUGGCCAAAAGGAAUUGAAAUAUCUUGAAGAAAGGAAUUUUCACCAAGAUAUGUCCCCUCCCUCUCCCAGAGUUUAGCAGUUGAGUCCUUUUUUUUGUUCUCAUCUGCAUAAAACCAGUCUCUUCCAAUAAGCCUGCCUCAGAAUCAAAGUCUGUACUACAAAAGAUAACUGCACCAAGGGAUGGGGUCAGCUUGCAUCGCCCUGAUCUAAUCAUUGUGACGUUGGUAGCUUCUGAAAUACUGUAUGUACCUUAAACAAGCGUUUAUUUUUGUUUUGUUCUGUUUUGCUUUUUGUUUUUAUUGGUAGUGUAAGGUAAAUUUUUUUAUUUGCUAUAUUCCUUUGGUUGUAUUUUCUGUACUAUAACUGCCUACAGUGUGUCUUUUGCAUAAAAUGCAUAAGGGUUUGGGGAUGUAAAUGGAAUUUUAUUCAUAUUUUGUCCAAAUACCUCUUGUAAUUUGUAUCAAAAUUCUUGUACAAUUUUUAUAUUAAAGAUUUAUCAGUCACUGA